GUGAUAAUAAUAAUUUGGAGCAAGAUGAUGUUGAUAAUAUAGAGCAUGAAGAUUAUAUUGAUUCUAUUUCUAACAAUUACUCUAAUUCUGUUUUAAACAAUUAUAUUCAUUCUACUUUUAAUGGUGGUGUAAUUUCUGAUAAAUACAAUGGUCCUACCUUUGAUAACUAUAUUGGCUCUGCUCCUAAUAGUGAUAGCGAAGCUAAUGAAAAUUAUAUAAUUCAAAAUUCCAAAAGUAUUAAACUAAAUAUUAAAAUUAAUUCUAUUAAACAAACUGUGAAUAGAAUAAGCAGCAGAACACGACAAAAAAUAAAUGAUCCAAUUUCUGAAAGUGGUAUUUCCUCUCCCGAUAGUGAUAGUGAA